CCCUUCCCUCGGUCUCUCCUCCUUGCUUCCCGCUUCUUGGGAACCGGCUCCAGCGCAGGCCGGCCGGCUCCUCCGCGGUUGGCCGCGGGGACCUGCGCGGGGAGGAGGGCCAGGCGGGAGGGCGCCGCAGCCUGGGAGCCCGUGCCCGGCCCGAGCGGCCCAGGGAUCGCCCAUGAGGCCUCCGCCGCGCGGGACUAGGCAGCCCUGCGGCUUGGCCCUGGGGCUCCUCGCCCUCUGCCUGGCGGCGGCGCGGGCUCUGCAAGGUCAGGGUGUGUCCCUGUACAUCCCCCAGGCCGCCAUCAACGCCACGGUGGAGGAGGACAUCCUGCUGUCGGUGGACUACUCCUGCCAUGGGGUCCCCACCAUCGAGUGGAGGUACACAUCCAGCUGGGGAGCCCAGAAGCUCGUGGAGUGGCGGCCCGGGACUCAGGCCAACAUCUCCCGGAGCCACCGCGACAGGCUUUGCACCUUCGACAACGGUUCCAUCCAGCUCUUCAGCGUGGGCGUGAGAGAUUCCGGCUACUACGUCAUCAGGGUGACGGAGCGCCUGGGGGGCAGCCAGCUGGGCACCAUCGUGCUGCACGUGUCGGAGAUCCUCUACGAGGACCUGCACUUCGUGGCCGUCUUCCUGGCCCUUCUGGCCGCCGCGGCCGCGCUGCUCGUCAGCCUCCUGUGGCUCUGCAAUCAGUGCGCCUAUAAGUUCCAGCGGAAGAGACGCCACAAGCUCCAAGAGAGCGCCGCGGAGGAGGUCGAGCUGCAGGACGUCGAGUGUUAGCCGCGGCUGCGCCCGCUUGCGUUCCCACCUCCCAGGGCGCACAGCGUCUUCCAGCCGAAGGAGCCAAGCGCCCCGUGCCCCUCCGAGCCUCCCGCCCCCGCGUGGAGGGCCUGGCGCCGGCCCCGCUGCUGCCGGGCACCCGCCCGCCAGGGUGGCCCAGGCCGCACGUCCCCGCCGAGGGCGCAGCCAGCCCGGCCCGGCCGCCCGUGCCCGUGUCCUGCCGCGGGAGCUGCCGCGAGGAGCUGGAGGAUGCGCCUGCCGCGCGGGGGACACCCGGAGCCGCCAGGCCCUGAAGGCCCAUCAGUGGGAAACCGGUUUGGAUUUGGGCAGCUGCUGGCAUCUCUGUGUCCUCUGUCACACUUCCUGCUUUCCAGAACUUCUCAGCUUGUCAGAAGUCAGGUGUGGUUAUCUUCAGAAUAAAAGGAGAAAUGGAGGGGCACCUGGCUGGCUCAGGAGGUAGAGAUGUGACUCUUGAUCUCAGGAUUCUUAGUUCCAGCCCCAUGUUGGGUGUAGAGCUUAACUUAAAAAUAAAAUCUUGAAAAAGAAAAAGAAAUGGAAAAGCAUACCCAGUGAGAGGCUUCCAUUGACAAACCCAAAUGUAAAAUAAACUGCCCCCCAAAACUCAUGAAAAGUUGCUCCCCCAGCUUUCCAUUUCUUUAUUGUGCACUUUUAAAGCUCCUCCAUUCUGAACAUUGUCUUGGGAAGUAUUUGAUUCCUGAGCCUGAAGGAUUUUUUUGUUGUUGUUGUUUUUCAAAAAAGAAAAUACCAAAUUCUAGAGGUUGACCACUGGAAAUGUUAAGCUAUAAGUUAUGUUUUAAGCUGUGAACAAAAUUAAAGAAUGAAAUAAAGCCUGGAAAUAAA